ACAGUUUGAUUUUAACUGCGUUAACGAAAAGCCCGCUAAAUGGCAGGGCCGUACUUACCCUCAUUACCAGGAGAUCUACUCACUGAGUACAUGUUCGGUAGGAGACGGCAGAGAAGGAACAGAACGACGUUUAGUCCACAACAGUUACAGGAAUUGGAAGCGCUGUUUCAGAAGACGCAUUAUCCGGAUGUGUUUUUGAGGGAAGAAGUGGCGCUGAGGAUAAGUUUGUCCGAAGCUAGAGUGCAGGUAUGGUUUCAAAAUCGAAGAGCAAAAUGGCGGAAACAAGCGCGACUGCAGCUUCUUCAAGAUGCUUGGAGAAUGCGAUGUUUAGGAAUAACCUCACCGCAACUCAUUUUAACAGGGAGACACCCACAACAACCAAUUCUUCCAGGUAGCCAUUCAGACGUUCCCGAAACUCCUUCCCACGAUUUUUCGCCUGUAAAUAAUCCAAACAUUCCAUUAUCUUGUAGCUGUUCGCCUGGAACCGAAAACAGAAGCCCGCAAAGCUUAAGAAGUUCUCCAAGCCCUUCGCAACUAUCUCCAGGUGGACCUGAUGAUCUAUCACUAGCUAAGAAAAUUUCUAAUGAAGAAAAUAUGGAAAUAAACAAGUGUUUCAAUUCCAACGGUGAACAUCGAGGGUCGGCUGCCCUUCAGUAAACGAGUAACCUAUACAAGGGGCUGGGGAAAUAUUAUUGAGUGAUAAUUAUUAUAAUAGUGAUUUAGAACUUUUUCUGACAGUGAUAUCAUUUACUUGUAUACUGGAUUCGUUUAGAAGUAGUGCAAUUAAGAAGUCAUUUCUGUGUAGCUACAUUUUACUAAUGAAUGUUAAUAAGGAUAUUUUGACAAUAUAUUCAGUUAUCGUUAGAUAAAAAAAAACAGAAUAGAAAACGGAUUCGAACAAUAAUAAAGAAAAUUACGGGGAGAACGUUAAAAUUAAAAGUUGUAUGCCACAAUUGUAAAGAGUGACUUUAUAAGCCAAUCAAAUUAGAUGUUUACCCAUUAACAAAAGUUUUUGAAAACAAAUCGUUAACUAAACUUUCGAUUAGCGCCCACAAGACUAGACAUCUGAUAUCAACGCUGAGAGCACAAUUUUUAUUUCCAUCAUUAAAUAAUUAGGAGAAACCUUUAGUGGUACAAAUGACAGAAUUUUUUGUGUCACCAAUUUUAGGUUUAAAUAUAAUAUUAACUUUUAAUACGGUGACAGUUUCAAGUACCAGAGUACGUUGAUUAGUGAUUUCCAAAGUUAUUUUAGAGUUUGCAGAAAUAAAAACAAUUGCCUUUCAGAUGACGAUUAAGUGCUAAAGGGGGAAGGUAUUUGCAACAAUUUUUCUACUUCUAAAUGAAUCAAAAUUUUCUACGACGAAUUAGGAACGUAUUUUCGUUUUGAGAAGGGAAAAAUAUUACUCUGUACAUAAGUGUAAUUUAUGUAAGUUGUACGUUUUAUAUUUAUAAUUUGUAGUAUAAAGUAUUGUUCAAAA